AUGGGUCAUACUGUACCUCAAUUGAAAGACCAGUCUCUCUUCAUUGAGAAGGCUUAUGUCAACGGCGAGUGGGUAGGCGCCCAGUCGGGACAGACCUUUGAAAUUCACGAUCCGGCUUCUGGAAAGCUCAUUGGAACAUGCCCCGAGUUCAACGCCACGGACGCCCAGAAGGCCAUCCAGGCUGCUUCCGAGGCCUUCUCGACAUUCCGCAACACCUUGCCCCGUGAACGUGCCCGCAUGCUCCGUCGGUGGUAUCAAUUGAUGAUAGACAACUCAGAUGAUCUGGCGACUCUGAUUACGUGGGAGAACGGCAAACCCUUCGCGGAUGCCAAAGGCGAGGUGAACUACGCGGCUGGCUUCUUCGAGUGGUUCAGCGAGGAGGCUCCCCGUAUCUAUGGCGACACGAUUCCUUCGUCCGUGGCCAGCAACAGAGUGAUUACUCUCAAGCAGCCUGUCGGCGUCUGCGGUCUCAUCACGCCGUGGAACUUCCCUGCUGCGAUGAUCACGAGAAAGGUCGGUCCUGCUCUGGCGGCUGGCUGCACGGUGGUCGUCAAGACCCCCGGAGAGACUCCCUACACUGCCAACGCUCUUGCGGAGCUGGCCAACCGCGCCGGUAUCCCUAAGGGUGUCUUUAACAUCGUCACCGCUAUGAAGAACACCCCUGAAGUCGGCGAGACGAUCUCCACUCACCCCGAAGUCCGCAAGGUGUCGUUCACCGGCUCAACCAACGUCGGCAAGCUGCUCAUGAAGCAGUCGGCGUCGACCAUCAAGAAGGUUUCCUGGGAGCUGGGAGGUAACGCCCCAUUCAUCGUCUUCGAUGAUGUCGAGGACCUCGACACCGCCGUUGCCGGAGCCAUCGCUUCCAAGUUCCGCAGCUCCGGCCAGACCUGCGUCUGCGCCAACCGCAUCUACGUCCAACGCGGCGUCUACGAUGAGUUCGUGAAGCGAUUCGUCGAGAAAGUCAAGACCUUCAAGCUCGGUGCCGGCUUCGGCGAAGGCGUCACCCACGGCCCGGUCAUCCACGGUCGCGCCAUCGACAAAGUCGACGAGCACGUUCAGGACGCCACCUCCAAGGGCGCCAAGGUGGUCGUUGGAGGCCGCAAGGUCCCCGCGCUGGGCCCCAACUUCUACGACCCUACCGUUCUGACCGAGAUGAACAAGGACAUGCUGCUUGCGUCUGAGGAGACCUUCGGUCCCGUCGCGGGGCUGUUCCCCUUCGAGUCCGAGAAGGAAGUCGUGGAUCUGGCGAACCGCGCUGAAGUCGGUCUUGCCGGGUACUUCUUCAGCGGUAACGUUCGACGUAUCUUCCGGGUCGCCGAGGCCCUGGAAGUAGGAAUGGUUGGUGUGAACACUGGUCUCAUCAGUGAUGUUGCCUCUCCGUUCGGUGGUGUCAAGCAGAGUGGAUUCGGCCGCGAGGGCAGCAAGUACGGAAUCGACGAGUUCCUUACGAUCAAGAGCGUCACGUUCGGAGGAAUGGGCGAGCCUCUGCAGUCGUAA